AUGGGGAUUCCGUCCGAGCAGUCACAAGGCGCCGCGGCAGUGACUCUCACGGCUGGGAGUGACGUAGCUCCGAGAACAGCGAUAGCCGUAGCCGAUUGGUGCAAGGCACGUGGCGGACUCGCAGUGGACGUCGUGCAGGCCGCAGCCGAUCAGGCCGCCCCCUCCCUCGUGAGCGCGGCCAGCAGCCAGCCUGUAGCGGGCGCUACAGCAGUGUGGGCGGCUCUCGCUCUGGCGACAGGAGGCGACGCCGCCAAUGCGCUGCUGGGGAGGGAUGGCGCCGCGCGCGCUGAGGUGACUCAGUGGCUUCGCCAUCCCUGGGUCGUCGGCUCCCUGGCCUCUCUUGCCACGUCAGCAUGCCCAUCAGCAUCCACGUCAGCAGCUGUGCUGGACCCUCUCCCUCGCCUGCGCGCCCUCAACGCCUACCUGACUCCCCGCUCUGUGCUCGUGGGGCCAGGUGUCGCAAUCACAUUGGCUGACAUUGCAGUCUUCGGCGCUGUUCACGAUGAUGUGCUGCUGGUGACGCCGUGUGACAGGGACGAGCUGCCGCACCUGAUGCGGUGGAUCGACCUGGUGCAGCACAAGGGGCAUGUGCGGGACACCUUCUCGCACAUCACUGUCUACACUGCCAAGUUUGACCCUCCUGCACCGGUUCCUCUUCCUGCCAAACCUGCAGCGCAGCCGAGCCAGUCAUCAGGUUCGGGAGGUGCCAAGCCUGCCACAGCAGCAGCGGGGAAGGCAGCUGCAGCCCCGGCAGAGGCUUCAACGGCAGCAGCUGCUCCGGCUGCUGCCCCUUCCACCACUGCCGCACCACAGGGUGACGCGGCAGGCAAGGGGAAGGGGAAGGAAGAGAAGAAGGGCAAGGGGGAGGAAAAGAAAGGCGAAGCGAAGGAAGGGGCGGGUGGAGGGGGAGGAAAAGGGGCGGACGUGAGUGUGGGCAUAUUGGACAUACGAGUGGGGCAGAUCAAGAAAGUCUGGAAACACCCCAAUGCAGACGCGCUAUAUGUGGAGGAGAUAGAUGUGGGCGAGGGCAGUGUGCGGCAGGUGGUGAGCGGGCUCGCCAAAUUCGUCACAGAGGAUGAGAUGAUGGGCAUGCGGGUGGUGGUGCUCACAAACGUGAAGCCGGGGAAAGUGAGGGACGUCGUAUCGGCCGGCCUGGUGCUGUGUGCGUCCAACGAGGACCACACGGUGUGCCGCCCCGUGCAACCACCCGAAGGGGCUGCCAUCGGCGAGAAGAUCACUUUCGCUGGAGUGGACGGCAAGCCCGAGGAAGUGCUCAACCCCAAGAAGAAGCUUUUCGAGAAGCUCCAGCCGGUGCGUGCCUUGCUGCCCCUUAUCGUCUCCUCUUAUCUCCCUGUUUGCACGUCAUCCGUUCCCUCCGGACCCCCACACCCACCUUCCGUUGCCCCCCUUUCCGCCCCUUCGUCCCCCCUUCCUCCCCGGUCCCCACUUCCCCAUCCUCGGCCCCUUGUUUUUUCGGAGCCCCACUUCCCCGCCAUAGCCCUUCCCGCCCCCCCCGUCCGUGCUUGCGCACAGAUGAUGGAGCCAGUUUCUGCGCACGGACGGCACAGGGGUGGCCAUGAUCCAGGACACGACCAUGAUGAUAAUCUUUCGUCCCCCUUUCCCCACCUUGCCCUCCCGUUCACACUUUCCCGUCCCUUCCCUGCCCCCCCGCAUCAGUUUCUGCGCACGGACGGCACGGGGGUGGCCAUGUUCCAGGACACGCCCAUGAUGACGUCAGCAGGGCCCUGCACAUCCACCAUUCUAGCGCCAGACGCGCACUUCACUCCCCCAGUCUCUCCGCAAGCGCACCCUCCGCCAGAGCAGCUCUCCCCGCAGCGGCAGUUAGCGCCAGACGCGCACCCGCCACUUGUGCCCCCUCCGCAAGCGCAACCCGCGCCUGAGCAGCGCUCCCCGCAGCUGCAGUUAGCCCCGGACGCGCACUUCCCUCCCGCCUGCCCUCCCGCCUGCCCCCCGCAAGCGCAGCCUGCGCCGGAGCAGUCUUCCCCGCAGCAGUAG